AUGACUUUUGAAAUCACUCCUUGCUCUCAAGAGCGCAUGCCUGCGGGGGCCGAUAUGGAAGACUGCCAUGUCAUCUCCGGGUCAAGCAAGUCGACAAAAGUUUUGCACGACACUCCUUUAUCCCCAGCGGCCGAGAUGAAGGCCACUACAUACCCCAAAACGACAAUUGGUCAAGAUUUAUCAGAGCUUUUCGCUGAAAACGUGGUCGCAAAGCUUUACAGAACUGCCAUCGAACACGCCAUUGAAUCCAAUGACAGCAGAGCACGGGACCUUGACUUCAUCCCCGACGCAUAUCCAGAGGAGGUCCCUCAAGACGGCCCCGAAGCAGGUCGCUAUGUACCAAGGGAACCCGACUUUUGGACUUCGGGCUUUUUUCCCGGUUCUCUUUAUUGUUUACUUGAGCGAUUGGUUCGAUACCCGAAGAGUAUUCAAUUGUCGCCUCGACUUUCCAGCUCCGGAGACUCGGUGGACAUUGCCCAGAUCCGGUCUGAUGUGCAGUCAUUAUGUCGCUCAUGGGCUAAGCCACUCCACGCCAUGGCAAGUAGGCAAGAUACACAUGAUCUGGGAUUUAUGAUCAUGCCGGCCUUGCAAAGGGACUGGGAACUCACUGGCAAUACCAAGAGCUUGGACUCCAUACUGCAAGCAGCAGAUAGCUUGUCUUCCAGAUUUGUCCCUUCAGCCGGCGCUAUUCGAAGUUGGGAUGAGCGCAUACAGAAAAACAUUCAGAUUACAUGCCAGAAAACUAAUUGCAUUCUGAUAAUCGAUAGCAUGUGCAACAUGGAUCUCUUGUACUAUGCCGCGGGUCACUCUCGCAACGGCGAGAGUUUACGUGAAAUUGCCACUGCCCACGCCACCACUCUCCUCCGAACGCACCUCCGACCAGAGCCCCCAGUCGUAGCAUCUGAAGGUGCCUAUCGUGGCCAGUGGUACUCUACAUACCAUGUCGCCAAUCUCGAUCCCAAAACCGGUCUCAUCAAACAGCAUUUCACCGCGCAGGGCUAUUCUGACACAUCCACCUGGGCUCGUGGCCAGGCAUGGGGCAUACUCGGCUACGCACAAACAUACAUGUGGACAAAGGACAGGAAGUUCCUUCAGGCCUCAUGUGGCCUAGCAGAGUAUUUUCUCUACCAGCUAGAGACCAGUCCCGGCUGUGUGGAGAUGAAAGCUGGUCAAGGCAUGGUCGACGAUUCCACCGGCCGGCACCGUCGUGGACGUUAUGUACCACUAUGGGACUUUGAUGCCCCCAUAGAGGAUGCGGCUAACCCGACGAGGGACUCCUCUGCUGGGGCAAUCGCUGCUAACGGAAUGCUGGUCUUGUCUCAAGGCUUGGCCGGCCUUGGCUAUGACCAUCUCUCCACCAGAUUCCGAACCGCCUCUUUGGAUAUUAUGAGGGAUCUUGUCAAUUUUGCGCUAGCGCCCGAGAAGGCUCAACUUGUGCGAGGCGCAGAUGGUCAAGUUGAGGUUAGGGAUGUUUCCCCAGGCCAUACAUUUGCGGGUUUGUUAAAGUAUGGGACAGCUAAUAACAACGAGAAUGCCCUCAGGAGGUAUGCAAAUCAUGGUUUGGUCUAUGGCGACUAUUAUCUCAUGGAAUAUGGAAAUAGAUUGUUAAGCAUGGGUCUUGAAUAG